AUGGAAGUGUCAUCAGCGAAAUCCACUGCAGGAAUAUCGAGUGAAAAAACAACACCUGCUGUCAAAACGAAAGCUACAACUACGGCAAGAGAAACCAAGCAUACGAGUGGUAUUAUUUCAUCAGAGGGAGUUACUUCCCCUGUGCCCAGUACUGGGGAAACAACCAUUAAAAUAACAAGUAGACAAACUACUCCUGUUGCCGCAACAACUGAAACAUCAAUGAAAAUGACAAGUGUACACUCCAGUGAAGAGGUGAAAUCAGAGCGCACUACACCUGUUAGAUUAUCGACAAAACAGGUGACUCCAAUAGGUACAACGACUGAAUUGAAAGUAGUAAGUGUUGUGUCAACGACAAGUGCAGUCCCUUCACUCACAUCUACGGUUUCAAGUACCACCCCAGUAUGUGAUGUAUCAGAGGGAAUGAUGUCACCAACAACUAUUCCAUCUAGUGAAAUAAAAGUAAAUGAUGACAUGGCAAAAAUAGACAGUUUACGACCAGGUGGUCUUAUACCCAUGAUGAGUUCUAAGCCUACACUGGUAAUACAAUACACACCUUCAAUUGCCAAGUCUGUGCAAAGAGUAGAAUUAGUAUCAACAGAAAACAUAAUAUCAUACACUGUUACAUUUUUCAAUGCUGAUGGAACUACUAUAAAAAGAACAAUGAAAGUUACAGAAAGUGCAAACAAUGUUGCUGGAAAUCCUAAUGUGAAGAAAGUUGAAAUCCUGAUUACACCUGAAGAUAAGAAAAGUUCUUAUCAGCCAGUAAAUCUUCAACUGAAAAUAUUUGCAUGCCAUGAAAUAGGCACAACAACAAUUGUAAUACCUUCAAUUGUUUCUACGCCGUCUGUUGCUUCAACUAAGACGAGUGUAAGAGUGGAAUCACCAGUGACGUCACCUGUUGGUAAGACAACAACUACAUAUGGGCUAUCAUCAGUAAAAAGCACAAUGGAAGUGUCAUCAGCGAAAUCCACUGCAGGAAUAUCGAGUGAAAAAACAACACCUGCUGUCAAAACGAAAGCUACAACUACGGCAAGAGAAACCAAGCAUACGACUGGUAUUAUUUCAUCAGAGGGAGUUACUUCCCCUGUGCCCAGUACUGGGGAAACAACCAUUAAAAUAACAAGUAGACAAACUACUCCUGUUGCCGCAACAACUGAAACAUCAAUGAAAAUGACAAGUGUACACUCCAGUGAAGAGGUGAAAUCAGAGCGCACUACACCUGUUAGAUUAUCGACAAAACAGGUGACUCCAAUAGGUAUGCAGAUGGUACAACGACUGAAUUGA